AUGAAAUACACAGCGGCUCUUCUGGCUCUGGCCUCCACAGCGCUGUCGAAUCCUCUCCCACAGGGUGUAACCGAGAGCAUCUCGCCGGAGGCCUCUGCACCCGCGGGCUGCAAGCCUGAUGUUGAUGGCACCUUCAACAUCCAAGUCGUCAAUGUCACCAGCUCCUCAGCCAAGGUGAAGCGUCAACAAGACGGAAUCCUCACCAUGACACUGAAGGGUGGUGUUCUUAUGGACCAAGCUGGUCGUACUGGCUAUAUUGCUGCCAACUACCAGUUCCAAUUCGAUGACCCUCCUCAGACCGGUGCCAUCUACACUGCCGGUUUCUCUCUGUGCGAAAACGGCUCGCUUGCUAUCGGCGAUGAAGCUGUCUGGAAGCAGUGCUAUAGUGGUGGCUUCUACAACCUCUACUCCGAGGAUGUGACUUCGGGCCAAUGCAACGAGAUCUACAUCGAGGCUAUCAACGGCGGCGGUAGCAGUGGUGGCAGCACCGGUGCUGCCACCCAGGCUUCUGAUGGCCAGCCGGCCGAAACCGGCGCUGUCACUCAAAAAUCCGAUGGUCAACCCCAAGAAACUCCCGUCUCACAGAUCUCCGACGGUCAGCCACAGGCAGCCACUGGUGCUCCUGUGUCCCAAAUCUCUGAUGGUCAACCACAGGCACCCACCGGUAACCCGGUCAGCCAGAUCUCUGAUGGUCAGCCUCAAGCACCCACUGGCAAUCCGGUGAGCCAGAUCUCUGAUGGUCAGCCACAAGCACCUACUGGUGCCCCAGUGAGCCAGAUCUCUGAUGGUCAACCUCAAGCACCUACUGGUGCCCCCGUGAGCCAGAUCUCUGAUGGUCAACCUCAAGCACCAACUGGUGCCCCAGUGAGCCAGAUCUCUGAUGGUCAACCUCAAGCACCUACUGGUACCCCGGUUAGCCAGAUCUCUGAUGGUCAGCCACAAGCACCCACUGGCGCCCCCGUGAGCCAGAUCUCUGAUGGUCAGCCACAAGCACCUACUGGUGCCCCAGUGAGCCAGAUCUCUGAUGGCCAACCUCAAGCACCUACUGGUACCCCGGUUAGCCAGAUCUCUGAUGGUCAGCCCCAAGCACCUACUGGUGCCCCAGUGAGCCAGAUCUCUGAUGGUCAACCUCAAGCACCUACUGGCAGCCCCGUCUCCCAGAUCAGCGACGGUCAGGUUCAAGCUGCGACCGGCUCGCCCUCCGCCUACACUGGUGGCAUGCCUCGCCCUACUGCUGGCCUAUCCGGUCUUGUUGCGGCGGGUUUCGUCGGUGUCGUUGCGAUGCUGUAA